AUGGAGAGGAUAAGAGGGGUGAGCAUUUUGAAGGAAGUGAAGGGAGAUAAAUGAAAGAGAAGAUUUCUGUUGUCGAAAAUGUCAGAAGUUAUGAAUGUGCUACCGUAUUAUGCAAGAGUGAAUGAAUGAGAUAAUCUUAUGAGGCAGUUUUCGGAGGGAUCUGAAAGAUUGUGGAGCAAGAAUUUUAGCACAUGGCUAGAAUACCUUGAUGAAAAUAUGGCAAAAAUAAUCAUCCAUAAAAAUAACAUUGAUUAUUACAGUAACAAUAUCUGUGCCAAUUACUGCACCUUGACUUUUUCAGCUUCGGAUAUGAUUACAAAGACUUGAAGAGAGAAGGUUCUAAAAUUCAUCACCAAUAUUCCAAAUAAAAAACAAAUUCGAGAGAUAAUCAUUAGAUUUAAACAUUUAGAUUUGAUAAACUUCAAUUCAUAUCAAAAAGUAUCCAAAAUUGUUCCUAUAAUGAACAGAGUAUCUGAAGCUCUGGGCAAGAAGCCUUCUCCGUAUCAAACCUGUAAAGAUGGAAAGUAUAUCUAUUACUUUAGUGAUAUUUUUAUCCUCCAGAGUACAUAUUCCCCCUACAAACCAAAGUUAAGAGUAUUUCCAAAAGUCAACAACACUAGCAGAAUAAUCUGAGUUGAUUCAAAGUUUGUCCUGAAUGAUAAACAAAUUGUUAUUCACGUGAAAAAUUUUCUCUGUUUACCAGAUGUAUGCUAUUUUAAAUUAGAAGACCCAGAUAUCCCAAUAUUCGAAGAUGUAGUAGAAAUAGAGUUGAUCAUAAAUGACCAAUUAUGUUCGCCUUAUGAAAACAUCAGAUGUAUAACUGAGAAAUGCUACCCAAACUUACAAAGAAUAGUCUGAAGUCCUGGUUUGAGCUAUGCUGACAGUCAACAUUAUAUUUUGAAAACUGUAGAGAACACAAAUGUAAUGAUCAAAUUCAAAUGCUGCAAUGAGAUUACAAAGUGCAGUGUCAAAGCUUUAAAUGCAAAAUAUAUAUGUCCAGAAGGAGGCUUGGAUAAUUGAUUUCAGUGAGAUAUCGAAGCAGGGAUAGAUUUAUUUUUGAUAAAUGGUGGUUAUUUAUAUGCCUCAACAUUGUGAUUUAUGUCAAUAGAUAAAGUUGUAAAAUCAAAAUUGACUGAAGAAGCAUCAAAGAAAUUUAUCCAAUUUAAUGGUUUAGAUAGUGCAGCCAUCAGUCUUCACCUAUUUAAAUUGCUGAUAAUCCCUUUGGAGGAAAUAUGAUGCGUCAGUCAAAGUGCUAGCUCAUUAAAGGUGGUUGAUCCGAUACUUCCAUGUCCACGUUCUUCCUAUCAAAAUAGCUUGGUGUUCUUCCACUCCUUCUUUUCACCAACCUGCACGCUAAAGAUAAAUAAUGUGGCAUCUACAAUUAACCUGCAGCAAAGACCAAUACAAAAGUUAGCUCCUUUCUGGUCCAAGGUUAUUGUAAAAGUGAGCCUAAUGUGUUCCUACUUGGGAUUUCAUUCCCCAAAAGAGGAAGGCUAUGGCAACCUGAAGCAAGUAGAUUUAGAGAUAUAUAGAAAAGGAUUCCAGUUUCGAAGACACCAAAAAAUGUUGUGAUAAAGUACAAGAAUUUGCAGAGCUUGGCAAUUUGGGGAGAGUAGAAAUAGCUACUGAUUUUG